AUGGCCUUACCACCCAAGCGUCUCAAAUUCCUUAAACCCGGAGAAGAGAAUCUCGCCUAUACUGAAGAGGUGGACGAAAUACCCGAUGCUGUUGAUUUAACUGCUCUGCCAACGGGUUACGAUUUCGAUCGUCAUCGAGAGAACUUGCCCACUUUUCGUUGGCGGACACAAUUCUUGUACUUGCUUGAGACAUGCAGGUGAAUAUUUAGAGUUUUACUUGUUUUUGCUUGUAAGUUAUAAGUCCGUAGAUCUAUUGUAGCUAAACUGCCGAUGAAACUGUGACAUCAGUUUUUGAUAGGUAUAUGGUAAUGCAGCAUUUGCAGGUAGCCCUGCCAGCACCAGCCCCGCAUAACCCUCUCAAAAAUGACGGGGCUAGAGGAGGCUAUGAAGGGACUGUGGCGGGGCAUUCUACGCGACAGCCCCGCCUGGCCCCACAUUUAUGUCCACUUCUGGCACCCCUUUAAAAUAUCGACCUGUAUGGUGAAUCCCCUGAGGCGCACACACGUAAUACCUACCGGCAGAAGUUUCAGAGCUCAGUAUAGGCAUUUCUCGUUCGGGGGAUUGAUUGCCAACUGCUGUCGACGUUAAGGGAACCUCAGACUCAGGCUCUUCAGUGGCCUCAUAAUAUGCCUUCGUCUGGCGCUUAAUGCUCCUGUAUAUGGUGAUUCGGUGGUAGCCACAGUAAUUACGCUUUCCAAUUGCUUUAGAUAUUCAGUAAAAAACGAUAAACAAUUUGUAUAACACCAAGGCUAAAUGGUACAUACAUAGACAUACAAGUGGACUACUUGAACUGGCUGGUGAGUUAAUGCCAAAACAAGUAGCAUAAGAUACAUAAAUUAACUAAGGCAAUUAUCAAGAGCACGAAAACAGCAUUGGUUGACGCACGAUAUUAUCCGCGACCCGUGGGCGUAAAAAAAUGCAUUUUCCAUGAUUUAUAAGCCACUUUUGAUAAAUUAGCUCCUUUUAAUGCCAAAGAAAGUACAAUGAGUGAUGCUUUCAAACAUAACUUUUGCUGCAAAUAUGCCUCGAAAUGGCUCAGUCCAGAGGGGGCUCCGGCCCCACCCAGCCCCCUCCCAGUCCCACCUAUGAAGGGGCCAUGUGCUGGCAAGGAGGAUUUCGCUAAGUUAAAAUUUUGCAUCUAUCUUUUCAUUACGGGAGGCAAUUGUGUACAGCGCAUUCCUCUGUUCUUCGUAUCCUGCCACUAACCUUUGGGUGAAUGCGGGUAGGUAAUACCUCAUGUUAUCUGUUAUCCACUUGGCGCUAGCAGGAAGAUAGCGUAAUCCGAGUAAGUCAACUGGUGUCCUGACCUAGCCACACUGGAGAAUCCGCUCUGCCCUGCUAGGCUUGGGCAUUGGCGGGAUGUUCGGCUGACAAUUAAAACCCGACUGGAUAUUGUUCGUCAGAAAAUGGAGGUGGUUCUUGAGCCUUUUGUGUUCGGCCUUCGUCCCUCUGCAAGAAAACAGGUGCAGUUCCCCAAAUCCCCUUUCGCUGCUUGUCGCCCAUGGAGGAGUGCCACUGAAGGCACCACUGAGGCUGUCCAAAUUAGACAUAAUUAAAUCCAUAUUAAGUACACGUAUAGUGAUAACAAUAAUACGAUGCACGUAUUAUUUUUGGAAUAGGUGGCCGGAAGUCUACGCACCGAAAACGCCAAAAUCUAGCUGUCUUCCUCCACAGGUGUUCGUGAUACUUUAAGACUGAUUUAGUUUGGCCAAGUGUGCGGCGAAAGUAUUUCGGCCCAUAUUGUUCAGUAUACCUUAUUCUUUCUAUCUCACCCGAACAACGAACUUUCAUAAACCUUAAAUGCCCCUUCGUACAUUUUUCAGACCUGAAGCUUGUCUUCGAUGUUGAGUCUUUUGAUUUUGAGAAGAAAAGUGGCCAAGCGAUGGAUAGGUCCUGACAUAAUGCAAGAUCGAUCAUUUACCUGAAAUGCGGAAAUUACAUCCUGUGAGGCGGAAAGCCUCACAUGUUCCCCAUAUGUUUCGUCAGACGUAGCACCUAACGUAGACGAGUAGUAUACGACAGUUCGACCGUCGUCUCCGACGAUGUCGGCCGUGUGCCCCAUAACAGGGUGGACGCAGAGGCGGUGACUUAAGCGUGAAUUAGUUUGUAGUGGUAGUAGACUUUCGUAGUAUCUGGCGCGAUCCCCCCUUCACCCACAUAGGCCCGGUGUCCUGCCGGAGUCAAGAAGACGGAAGGCGGGAUCGGGCGGUGGCUGACGCCCCACGAGCCCGCGCAUAGGCGUGCAACCACACCUCCCCUCAUGUGACAUUUGUUAUGGGUGCGCUUACUCGAUAACGCCAACCACGCUCUGAUCUGGUUUCUGUGUUUUUCUAGCACAUCUGCCGUAUGGCCUGCUGUAGGGCACAAGACGAGUAGCACAGUUAUAUAAUGUCUACAGUUCUAAUUUGUCCAUCAUCGGUAUACACUACUCUGGCCCUCCCUAUCCCGAGUGUCCUACUGAAUUUUGUAUUGGGGGGUCAAAGGCAUAUUCAUGGGACCAGAUGGCGUCAGAGGCAAUGUUAACAAUUAUUUUCUAAUAUAUGGCGAGUCACUCAAGCCUAAUCAGCGUUUUUUCACUUGUAGGGUAGUAGUAGUGACCGGAGAGACGGGCAGCGGAAAGUCCACCCAACUCCCACAGUACGUCUACGAGGCUGGUUGGCUAGCCGAUCGUCACGCCGAUGGCCCCUACAUUGCAGUCACCCAGCCUCGCCGUGUGGCUGCGCUCACUUUAGCCGCACGUGUCGCUGAGGAAAAAAACUGGCGCUUGGGGCAGGAGGUUGGGUACCUGAUCCGCUUCGAGGUCAGCGUUUUUUACACUUUUCUUCAUGUCUCCCUCCCGCAUUCCUCCCAUUUACUCGCGUUUCAGCAUCCAAUCUUAGACUAUGUGUGGGAGUGCUGUCCGUCACCAUGGUUAGUACGCAGCUACCAGCUAAACCUAAAUAUAUAGCAGGGACUUCAAUGGACCAUAUAGUGAAACAAAUGUUAAGUCAGGAUUGUACCCAUAUGCACUCCUUAAUCCACGCACAAGGGUAUGAUGACAUUUGGUUCGAAGGCUUCACAGCUAUCUAGAUGGAUUAUUAUCCAAAAAUCUCCGCAUAGAGAGAGAGGACCACGUUCCACUGUGAAAGAAUCAUUCGAGAUUAUUGGCAAAAGGGGCUCCAUUCACUGUGACCAGAAGAUGAAUUAAGUAGUUACGCAAGCGUCAAGAGGUUCACAUGAAAGUUAAACAUCUUAUGUGGGACAGUUCAAGGCUUUGUAUUCCUAUCUCUUCAAAUAUAAGAUAUCGCACCAGAAAUGGAAGUAGGAAAUGCUGAUAUGUCGGUGUACGACAAGAGAUUUGUCAGAAGCCUCGGCGCAUGGGGCUAAAAGAUUUCGCAGCAAUUGGACCAGAGUAAGGGGGGAUGAACAACAUCAUGCAGAAUUCGACGGGCGAAUUGCAUGACCGCUGUCAUAUCAACUAAAACGACAUAAGAAACACAAGCAGAAGAAAAGAGCUUUCAUGGGGCACGUUUUAAAGUCGGAAUAUUUUCCUAAAGCAAAGCAAGAAAUAAAAAACGAGAACAAUAAAGAAUGGGAUGGAGAAUGCAGGCACCCGUGAAUCACCAGAUUAGGGGUUGAGGUGCGUCGUGGGAGCGUAGACGACGAAUAUAAUAAAGAAGACUAUGAAUAAUAGUGAAAAAUGGUUUAAAUAUGAAGGGAGAAUGAAAGACCUGAUGUCAGGAUAACACCAAGGUGCCGCAAAGAGGAUGCCACACUGGAAAGAUUGUCCAAGGAUGCCGGACUGGGAGGAUCGCAGUCGGAAAACACACUGGACUCGUUUCUGCUUAUUCACUAAAAGACCAUUUUUCAUCGACCAUGCUGAGACGUGGUCCAAGCCAUCCUUCAGAAACUGGAGAUGUGCCUGAUUUUUAAGAGGAUGACCAACAGUCGUACCUUCCGCAUACUCAGCAUACAGACAGUCAUUUGGCGAUCUCAAAUCAUCAGCGUUGAGGGAGAAGAGUUAUGAGGAAAAUAUGGAACUUUGAAGAACUCCACAGUCAUUUCGGAUUGGAAGAAUUGAAUGUGGGAAGUAAAAUAAUUACCAAGCCAAGAGACAACCCAACCAGGAUUGCCGCACACGAAUGUUUUGAUGGAGAGGAGAUGAUGCAGGACAAUGUUGGAGGCGGUGGAGUAGUCAAGAAAUGCAGAUUCCAAGAGUUCUUUGUACAGAAAUAAAUAAAUUUAUUUAAUUCCAUGAGACAAAGAGAUGAUAACAUAGGCCUAGUACCCUGUCGUCUUCUGAGGUGAGUUUCUUUUUACCGUCUGUCAAUAUUUUAAUGAUUUGUCUCGCGCUGAUGGGUUGUUGUCUCUGGGGUUGUCCGUCCGAGGUCCGCUACAGUAGGGUUAACUGCCGUCUUUGUGACAAUUUCUCUGUUCUCCGUGACGGGAAGACGUCUGGGUGUCAGCGGUCGCUGCCCUCAUUCGCAUCAUCCGUACUUACUGGUCCGGUCUCUUACACCACGUUGGCACUAGUGUGAUCGCUGGUUACUGUGCUGUUGCCGACAACUUUAUUUAAACCUUGUACAAAAACUCACUAUACCGUCCUGCGAACCUCUUAUUCUCUUGUGUGGUGGUUUUAACUGUGUGAACCUACGUCCCCUUACACUUUUAUUCCUUGACAAUCUUGUUUCCUCAAUACUCACACUAACGCCCCUCUUUAUCACAUUUUGGACAAUCACACAAACCGUAUUCUUGUUAAAAACGGAGCUCCGUUGUCAGGGUCAGAUCAUUUUGAGUUAGUAGGCCUUCCAAAACCUACUUUAUUUCUAAGCAACCGGUGUUGACCAACCCCAAGAGGACAAUUAAGCUUAACGGCGCGUCCCUACAAAGAGUUUGCUGAGGCGCUCUAACUAUGUUAGGUUUUAAUGGAAAUUGGCGAUAUUUGCUGUCAGCUCGGUACCGUUAUGGGAAGACCUGACAGAAUGUCUUUUCCCUGUCUAAUUUGUUAAAGACGUAAAAAGGAACUCCUCCACAAACUAGGCCUAGGUGACUGUCUAAAGGACCUUACCGUCUCCCACAAAUGCUCUCUUCUGCCGCUUGUGUUUCUUGUGUCGUUUUAGUUGAUAUGCCUAUUCAACGACAUUUCACAAUGGUCAGGCAUUUCAUUCAUCGACUUCUGGAUGACGUUGUCCACCCCCUCGCUCUGAUCUAAUUUCAGCGAAAUAUUUCCGCCCCAUGCGCCGAGGCCUCUGGCAUAUUUCUUGCCGUCCAUCGGCAUAUCAGCGAUAUCUUAUGUUUAAAGAGACAGAAAUACAAAAACUGAGACUUGAACUGUCCCACUUAAGAUGUUUACUUUUCAUGUGAGGCGCUUGACUCUUCCGUAACUACUUGAUUCAUUGUCUGGUCACAGUGGAUGGAGCCCUUUUGCUGAAAAAUUUAAAUGGUACUUUCAAAAUAUUGCGAAUUCAUCUCUCUUUGUCCCUCUUUCUCUGGCCCGCGGUCCCAGUCAUCUACGCUCAGUCCUAGUAUGGUCUCUCUGCUUCACACCCUCCUUGUGUUAUCGUUCAUUCAGAUUCAGUACUUUACGCGUUUGUGCCUGCCAUAUUCACGUUCAGCGUGAGUUUCUUUAUUGGUGUGUCCUGUCUGGAUUCCCGCUGGCUGUUCCGUUGAUUGACCUGCACUCGUAGGGCGGGGUAGACAGCAGAGAGUGCAACACAGCAGUUGAUGGAUGUUUCUGAGGCGCCUAGUCCCGAGUCUUUUCAUGGUAGCCCACUUGUUCCCUCCUCACAUGGGCUUGAGUCACGAACGACGAAGAACUGUGGGUAGUAAUUUUCCACUAACAGCGAGGACUGGUAUAUCCGUUUACUGCCCUUGCAUAUUCACUCAUGCGGGUCUGAAGUAACCCUCUGUCUUUAGCGAAGCUCAUCUUACAGGAGCUGUAUCAUGCAAUAUUUUCCGUUUAGCUCUGUGCUAAGUGGGACUUUAGGUCCCCAGACGUGGCGUCGUAUCGUUGUUUCGGGUCUCUGGACUAUAUUUGCUUCAUAAACUCGCCAUCCCUUUUUUUCGUCCUCGGGGGAUGAUGAACGCGAUACUUAUGGUCUCAUAUACACAAAAGAAGACGGUAGGACAAUCUCUGAGACCAUUACUUUGUUCAUUCGACGUCCCGACCUUUCAUACUAGCCAAUCAUCAAGGAAUAAAAGACUGUAGAACUCAUCGCAUACUUAGCCCACCUCUGCCGAGAAUGAUCUCCAGCUGCGCUAUCGAAUUUUUCACUCAGCGCAUGAUCAUCGGCUGGCAGAGGAAAAUGUCGAUUAGCCGAGUCCUCGAUCGAGUGCCACACUUUUUGCAGCAGGUGCAAAUUGCAGUGUGCUGACUGACUCAGGAUUUUCGCGCACUCAAAGAUGGUGGAUCAGUGAAACUAUAGAUCGCCAGAUAGGGAUUGGAACUUGUUGCUGUACGAUGAGUGAGAAGGCACUCAGGCCUUUGUAGUAGGAGUCCAGUUCGACAUGACGGUUGACACUGUCUGUGUUAAUGUAUCAAGCCUCGAUAAAUUCACACGGCUGUUUUUGUUGACCAUAGCGACUUCAUCAAUAUCGUCCCGUUUGGAGGGUGGUCAUAUUCGGGGGCCUGCAAAAAAACGACCCACAAGGGGUCAUGAUGACAAAUGGUCAGUUUGUGCCCCAUAGCGCUAGUCCACUGACAUUGACUAAUGUUGUCACUGUAAAGGUGGAAGUAAUCAGUGCAGUGAGGCUUGGUACCAGUACGACCGCAAGACUAAGACUUCCGCAGCACCCUCGCGGAGUUCUUCAGUAUCUGCGUCUGAAUCUGGUAGGCCUGUGUUAUUCCAUUAGUCUUCAUGAAGUUGACAACUCUCCGGAUUUUGGGCAAAGUCCUGCAGCCUUCGAGGUAUUUGAGGCCGAUGUGCUCGGAACUCGCACCUCCUCUUCCACACCCAAUGGCAAUUCCCCCUCUCAACUACCUGACACCCCGAUCUGUGAAUGUAUGCACCAGAAUUGCCUCGUAUUCACUUUGACUGCACUCCUGCGAUCCACCGAGUCAUAUUUUCGAAGCGUAGGUCGACCGAAAAAUUUUCUGACAGCGGGUGAACUCAAAAUAUCCCCCAAUUUUACGCUAUACGUACGCUAUUUUCCAGCAUCGUUUCGGUAGCUUAACUAAACACAUCUUCUAAUCCGCUGUUUGGGACCUUGAUUUUUUGCCAGUAUUCUGCGCAACUUCCGGAUGUAGCUGUAAAUGACGUCCCUAGUCUUAGUGAUCGCGUUUUGGGUAAUUUUAUGACAGGUCGUUAGCUGCCUGCAUACCUAGCCCACUUUAACUCAGCUUCUCUGGAACCGACUUCUGUAACUGUGAUUGACAGUUCGAUCGUCGUUAUCGACGAUGUUUACCGCGUACCCCACAGCAAGAUGAGUGUAAGGACGGUGACUUUCCUAUGAACUACUUUUUUUUUAGUAAAAAUAGACUUGCGCUUUAUCUACGGCACUCUCUCCUCCCCCACCCGCGCCUGGUGUCGUGAAGGCCGGAGGCGGAAUCAGGCGUAGCGUAGCGUGAGUCUCCUUUUAACCGUGCGACCGCACCCCCAUGUAUGGGAAAACAGCCUAAUAACGCCUGCUGGACCCUGAUCUGACCCCCAUAUUAGUCCGGCGCAACCCCCAUGUGAACCGUUUUAAGGGGCAAUUAACCGCAAUUAAGAACUGAUGGAUCAGUAAAUGCAUACUAACCCAUUUGCGUUUCGUUUUGAUAUAUCCGCAUUUCGUGCAUCGUCGGCAAUGUCAGAUUCCGUGAAGUGUCCCUUAAAUUCCCGAGCUGGUCACAGACUGGCCCUCCAGUCGGCUUGUUAUUAUUAAAAGGUACUAAAGAAAUGUAAUCAUGUUUCAACUACAGGAUUGUUUCAAACCUGGGAAGACAUCUAUUAUCUACAUGACAGAUGGCAUGCUGAUUCAGGAAAUGACGCGUGAUCCCCUCCUCCGUCGCUACCGGAUUAUCAUGCUGGAUGAAGUGCACGAGCGGUCUAUCCAGGUGGACUUACUGAUGGGUUUGGUCAAGAAGAUACUUAGGAAACGACCGAACGAUCUACGAGUUAUUGUCUCCUCCGCCACUCUCGAGGCUCAAACGUGAGUUUGCCAGUAGCGAAUAUCGUGUCAGCAGGAUGAUUUUUGCCUGUUUCAUUUUAUCGGCGAGCAAAGUUUCCACCCACCUUAAGCGAAUCUAUUACUUUUCUUGUCUUCCAGGUUCAUCGAAUACUUUCAGGAUUUAAAUAUAAAGGAAGGGGAGGACGGGCACGAUGGAACUUUGAAUCCUGUCGCCCACCUCCACGUCGAAGGUCGCCAGUACCCGGUUAACAUAUACUAUCUUCAGGACCCUACACCUUGCUACAUCCACGAAUCCAAGGAGACUGUCUUCAAGCUUCAUGAAGAUCGUCCACUUGGAGCAGAUAUUCUCGUUUUCUUGACAAGUACGAUUUUUUGCUUGUGACGGCUUUCCUUUAUACAGGAGAGCCCCAUUUAAACUAGUUAGGCUGGCAUUAAAGGACGCUGGUCCUCUCUUACAGUUCUGUGACACUUGUGAAUAUACACUGCGGACCGCUAUUGGUUUAUCCGCUUAUGAGUAAUUCGCAGCUUACGUUGGUCUUAACUGAUUUACGCAGUUUCACUAAAAUUUCAUGAAUCUGUCUUUGUCCACUCAACGAGCAUCCAGUUCCCUGCCAGGUAUGCUGGGGGGGCACUAGCCAAACUUCUUCCUGUCACGUUCUAUUCUUUUGUCUGUUCGUUUUCUUUCCCGUUCUAAUCUUUGCAACCGGCUUUGCAGGUCAGGACGAGGUUACCACACUGGUGCGCGACAUAAUUGAUGAGUAUCGCGCACGAAAGGAGCAGUUCCUACGCACACACCCCAGCAAGCCCGGAACGAACUCCCCGCGCUAUCCGCCACUGCGAGUCCUGCCCCUAUACGGCGGCCUGCCGCAGCACGAGCAGUUGCGCGUCUUUGACCGACCCUCGCGUUCCUGUCGCAAGGUCGUGGUGGCCACUAACGUGGCCGAGGCCUCGGUAACUCUGCCGGGUAUUGCCUACGUGGUGGACUGCGGCUAUGCCCGCCUGCGCUCCUACAAUGCCAAUAUCGGCCUCGAAGCCCUGGUUGUUGUGCCGGUCUCCAAGGCAUCAGCCAAUCAGCGAGCCGGCAGGGCCGGUCGCGUCCGCAUGGGAGAGGUGCCUUUUUAUUUUUGAUAUUUAUGUGCCAUCUGAUGUCCAACCGAUUUCCCGCGGCUGUAGAAUAGGGCAUUUCCACGUUAACCGCACUUUUGUCCCGUCACAAGGGCGAACAUAAAAUAUAAGACGGACAGACUCAAUGCACCCAAUCCUUAGCACUUUUUCAGCAAGUCGGUUAUUGGCCAUUAUUGUAACUCUUGAAACUGGCCUUUGGUCUUGUGAAAAUAGCUAUACUGGCUCCGGCUAACGCUCACUUGCAACACUCGAAGAAACACCUGCUGACCUGGUAUCUAACUGGUCAGGGCGUCACUCGCUAAUAUCGACCGGUGUCUGGUAGAUGAAACCAUAUUGGAAACCCCACUAAAUGCUAAAACAGUCUGGCGUGUCCCAGUAUGUACGUCAAAACGCCGAUUGAUUUGUCUCGUUGAAGUAAAUUAGUGAGAGCACGGACAAGAGUAAUAAAAUGAACUUUAUUGUACUAGCCAAACCAACCAUAUAAACCUUCCACCGGUGACUGCAUACUACCAAGUAAUUGCAACCUGUUAAACUGCUAAAUUGGAAACAAACUGACGACCGGCGGCACUGUUGGCGUUUUUGUUGCAAAUGCGAUGGUGGCGAUAGUAAUCAGACGUGUCAGCAUCCAAAAACUGGACAUUCACAAGUUUUUCUCAGCGAAACGAUCCACCACACGCCCUGUGACAGCCAACUAGCCUGGAUAGAUGGAGAAUGAACCCAGCCAAAAAGACUAAUAUUAGGGCUUCGGGCGCCUACCUAUGUGGGUCAUAGCUGGUGAAGCGAAAAAAUAUAGGCACAGGCAAAAACCAUUUAGCUAGUGGGUGGGACGCAGUGCUCAUGAAUCACUGGAAAUUCAACACUAAGUACGGCGUCGGCAGAGGGUGCGACUAGUGAACACCAAGAGAAACCGCAAUUACCAGGCCGUGUCUUUAACCCUUACCUUGAGCCAAGCUAGAAUUCUCCGUCUCACGAUUGCAAUUAGAACCCCAGUCAUUUCAUAGAAGGAAAGAUGGCUUCGUUGGCAAGAGCAUUUUGUGGGACUGCGGGCUACCCCCAUCUCUGGUUGCGUCUGGCUGGACCUCUUCCUUCAACUGCCCACAUGUGACUGCUGUAACCAGUCUCCUGCCGAUAUUCUAGUGGUCAUCCAUCGUACCCGAGAUAGAAAAGUGUAAAAGAGUUCCCAAUUACGAUAUUUUGACAGUUAUAGCUCAUGGGAGCUAUUCAACAGGACUGAAGUGGCGUCCUGUGCAUUUUUUGGAAUGAAUAAUAUAUUGGAUCGCUACAUCCUUGCACCGUCAUCAAAUUCGAUCAUGUGCGCCCCUGAUUCCACUGCAGCGUCAGACACUGUCGUGAAAGACCCCGGAGGCUGAUUGUACAUCCCCAAAACUCCUGAAUGUUCCAAAGGUCUAUCGUCCGCCAACCCGAACAAGGUACAGGUGAAACUUAAUUCGGUUGGUGAUUCCAAGGAGCAGCACUUACACCUCUGUAAGAGAGGUAAGGCAGAAUUCCGGAGAAGGAAGCACUGGUGACGCACAGUUUUGAAACGCGUCAACAUUUAAGGAACCGUAGAACACCAUACGCGAGAUCGAAGGCCCUGCAGUUUGACUCCCUUGAUCUUGGGUUGAGAAAGGCACUUGCCCUUCAACUCAGAUAAAGCGUCAAGCACGAGGCGAGUACGUUACUAUCAUAGCUGGCCUCUAGCAAAGCUGUGUCCCAUUACACGUCCUCUUUACGCGACCAAGGCUCUCAUUGCCACAGCAGAGCACGAGACUCUGGUUUCAAGUCUUCACCACUUGGGUAACAUUCUCCGACUUGGAAAAUCCUCUGAGGCAAUUAAAACUGUCCUCGGGUGCAUUAUUGUUAAAUUUCAGUACCUUGACUGAACGCGACAGAGACUAACAUACUACUUAGAUUCUCCCUGCCGCAGAAAAGGUGGCCCUAGGUUCUCGACCGUUUCAUCUGGCUAUCGGCCAACACUGGAAGGGAGUAAUGCAUCGCAUACAGCCUUUCUACAGCACGCCUUAUACAACAAGGAGGUGUGUGUGUAGCGACACUCGUUAACUUUGAGAGCACCCCGUUAUGACACCCACAGAACAAAACCCUCUACUGACUCUGUCUGCCUUACGAUAGGUCUAUCGACUAUACACCGAGGAGGCCUACGAGAACCUCCUACCACGUUUCACUGCGCCUGAGAGCCAACGCUCUGAUCUCUCGGCCGCCCUUCUGCGUCUCAAAUCCCUCGGGGUGGACAAACUGGCCUCCUUUGACUGGCUACCCCCCAAACCACCGAUUCGCAAUUUGGGCCAGGCGGCUGAACGUCUGGUCAUUCUGGGCGCACUGGAACUGGACACGGGACGACUCUCCGUUCCACGAGGUAGCCAGCUUGCCGGCCUCUGUGCUGCCUGUGGCAUCAGCGACCCCUCUGCCGCGGCUGCCCUCCUGGGUGCUGUGGAAGAGGGCUGUACCAUAGAGAUGGCCUCCAUCGUGGCCCUCAUGCAGGCACGAUAUUACUGUUAUUACUAUUAUUAUUAAUAUCGUUAUCUUUAUUCUUAUUGGUACGGGCGGCAAUAGCAAUAGUUGUUUUCGUGGGAGCAGUAGUGGUAGCCUUAGUAUCAACCAUAAUACUACUAGUUACAAUACAGUAUUGGCAACCGUAAUACUCACACUUGCAUUAAUAGCAGCACUUGUAGUAUAAAUGCUGCCGAAGUAUAUGUACUGGAGUGAUAAAUCUGCUUUUAAUUCUCUUGUUUACCGCUGUUACCGGCAUGGAUGACAUCAUAGCUCAUCACAUUAACAGCAUGUACGAAGUCGCUCAGAAAGGCCAUUUCUUCAACAAUCGUUCAGUCAUUUGUAGUGUUUUUCCGUCUUGGUCAAGUUUAUUGGCAAAAGUAGAAAUUAUCCUGCCAGGAUAGUGACCAUGCCUGGCGUACCGCAAUCCCAGGGCUUGGUUCCAUUCAAGGUACCGAAACAGGCAGCAGCAAGAGGUGCUGAUGACGGUCUGAGCCCCGAUGUGUUGCCGACCUUGGGUCUGCGCGCACUUCUCAGAAAGGAUAGUGCUAGGGAUAGUCACAGGCAGCCUGAUGAUUUAACUGGAUGACUUCCAUGUCUACGAACGUCUGUGGUGGGCUGUCAUGAGAGGUGAAUGCACAAAAACGGUGAUGGCGCUGUUCCUGCUGUGGUGGGUGUGCCAGGGGAUGGAGGCGUAUGUGCGCCUACGGAGAGUCCAGGUGCGCUUUACGCUGACAGCUAGUUAAGCUAACCCGCGGUAAAACCAUCUACUUUAUCACCAACCUGUGAGGACUCAGCCUACCAUGAGGGUUGUUUCGCACCUGGCCAGCGAACUGGAGUCCGUACCCGAUGACGCCGACAGUUGAAUACUCCCUGCCUAUAUCGGUCAAGCAACGCCUACAUCUACUAUUUGUUCUUUACUACCCUUCCAUAUGUUAGGAGCUUGCUCACUCACCCACCCGCCAAUAACCAUUCCUAGCUGCAAAACGUCUUCGUUUCGAGUGCUGCCUACAAGAAAACGGCCGACCGCAGCAAACGUCGCUUAUUCGGUUGCCUCCAGGGUGACCAUAUCACGGAACUGAACGCACUGACAGCCUAUGAACGAGAAUCUGCCAAACGCACGACUGGCGGUGGCGGCGGCGAGGAGAGUCUCAAACGCUGGUGCAAAGAGGUGGGUCUUAAUGGUCGAGGACUGGCACGAGCCGUCUACAUCCGUGACAAGAUUGCCAACAUCUUCAAGCGACAGAAACUGCCCUGGGUGGCUGCAGAACCGGCAGGCAAUGCAGAACCCGUUAUUCGAGCUCUUCUGCGUGGCUACUUCACCCAGGUAAGACUCCUUCAAUAUGCAUUCUCUGUCUCUCUCUCCCCACAUACAACUUGCACAGCACCUCCCUGACCCAUUUGCCUAUUUUGUUUAAUAAAUACACAUUUAAAUCCUUCACUUCCACCCAAUACUCGUCUAUAGUCCUCGUUAGGGAAUAAUAUAGGAGCAGAAUGAUUUUAUCCCCUCCACUAUCACCACCGUCAUCACCCCAACACAGCCCUUAUGUCCCACAAUGUCUCAUUGAGACGCCCGAGACUUAGGCCUCGGAGCAAAAAACGAGGCAACUUUAUUUAUGUGUCAUGUUGUGUUCUUUUGAUAGGGAAGGAAACAAAAAUGUCACAUAGUCAGUAAAACGUCUCAGUUUUUCCUCCCUUUUCAUUAAAAAUUUGAAUGGGAUGUUAAAAAAUCUGGAAAUUCUACCGAAUCGUCAUUGAAUGUAAUGAAAAUAUACUUGAGUGGUGGGGAAUCUUGAUGCAAAAGUGGCACGAAAUAAUUAGGCCAUAUUGCCUUUCCAUCUGCCUUCAUAAACAUGCAAUCCCCUUCGGAAAUAACGUUUUCCAGCUGCCAACCUGUUGUGGUUUCGUUUCUGAGUGUUUGCCUGUCUGUUCGGGCUCUAUAUUUGAUUUAUCUUACGACAUGUACCGAAUGGUGUGCUAUGUAGGUCCACUUCACGACUGGACGCACUUUCAUUCAUUGCCUGUCUUCUCUUCUGUCUAUCGACCCUAUCGCACAAAUGCCACCACCGCCAUAUGAUCACUUAGUCUCACUUGACAGGUGGCCUUUACGACCGACUCUGCACAUACACGUCACAUACUAGACCGACUUCGUCCGGGCUCUUGAAAGAUACAAACUAAGCAUAGCGUGAAGCAUUAUAUCUGUUAGAAACAAAACACCAAGUUGAUCUGCACCUAUCUUGCUGUUGGCGACCUGCCUGGCUAUUACGCCCAUAUAAUCGUUGGAGCGGACGUGAAUUUAAAUGUCCGCCCACUAUCGUAUGAUAUUUCUGUGUAUUCAGCCUCAUUUUCCCCUUAUGCCCUAUAGGUGGCGCUUCUCGCACCCUCCCGGACACACUAUUUGACUGUGCGUGGUGACCACGCUCUUCGGUUGCAUCCCAACUGCGUGCUUUAUGCAGCCAAUGCUCGUUGGCCUGCAUGGAUCCUCUUCACUCGCGUGUACUUGUCUGCCUCACUCGAUCCUAAUUCAUCUGAUCUUCGCGGAACCGGUGUCACCGCCGCAUCUGACUCUCAAACGGCAACGUGCGUGUCUGGCGUGAGUGCAAUUAAGUCCGAGUGGCUACUCGAACUAGCACCGCACUACUUCCAAUUCGGAACUGACCGCGAACACGUUCGGUUUAUGAUUCAGUCUGUGCAAAAGCGGACCUAA